UAUAAAUCUAGUCACAAAAAUGGCGUCCUGGUUAUAUGAAUGUCUUUGUGAAGCUGAACUUGCACAGUAUUAUCCUCAUUUUACUGCACUUGGCCUCCAGAAAAUAGAUGAAUUAGCAAAGGUUACAAUGAAGGACUACUCCAGAUUGGGAGUCCAUGACAUGAACGACCGCAAACGUCUUUUCCAACUUAUCAAAAUCAUUAAGAUUAUGCAAGAGGAAGAUAAAGCCCUCAGUAGCCCAGAGCAUCCUCUUCAGACAAGCAACCUAUACACCAAGCCUCAGGAAUUCAGAUCUGGCCCCCGAAGACAACUGCAUUUUGAUUCUCCUGCUGAUAGCAAAGCCAGAAAGGCCAGCAAUGAAAUGUGUGACUUAUCAGACUUCUCUGUAGAGGAGCAGAAGGCCACUUACCUGAACGUGCUGGAACCUAUGCUACCUGACGAGUCCCAGGACCAGACAAAACUAAGAGCCCUGAAUGCCUCUGCUGCUGGUGUUUACAUGCAAACAGAAACCAGCAUUCCGUUCUUUUCAUCAAAUUACUUCUCUCCAAAACUAGGAAAUAGUGAUAUUCCUGUUAUUCAAAGAGUCUCUCAUGUUUCGGGCUAUAACUAUGGAGUCCCGCAUUCUUGUGGCAGACAGAUCACUUCAGAGAAUCCUUGGACUGAAAUGGAGAAAAUCAGAGUUUGUGUUCGGAAACGGCCGUUAGGUGUAAGGGAAGUACGUCGUGGAGAAGUUAAUGUUAUUACUGUAGAAGAUAAAGAAACUCUGCUUGUACAUGAAAAAAAAGAAGCAGUUGACCUCACACAAUAUAUUCUUCAGCAUGUUUUUUAUUUUGAUGAAGUCUUUGGUGAGGCAUGCACCAAUCGAGAUGUCUACCUGAAGACUGCUCACCCACUCAUUCAGCAUAUUUUCAAUGGAGGCAAUGCCACAUGCUUUGCAUAUGGACAAACAGGUGCUGGGAAAACCUAUACCAUGAUAGGAACUCACCAAAACCCAGGACUGUAUGCUCUGGCCGCCAAAGAUAUCUUCAGGCAGCUGGAAGUAUCCCAGUCAAGAAGGAACCUCUUUGUGUGGAUCAGCUUCUAUGAAAUCUACUGUGGACAACUUUAUGACCUCCUAAAUAGAAGAAAACGGCUCUUUGCAAGAGAAGAUAGCAAGCAUGUGGUGCAGAUAGCUGGUCUCCGAGAGCUGCAAGUGGACAGUGUGGAGCUGCUCCUCCAGGUGAUCUUAAAGGGCAGCAAGGAACGCAGCACUGGGGCCACCAGCGUCAAUGCAGACUCCUCCCGAUCCCACGCUAUCAUCCAAAUUCAGAUCAAAGAUUCAGCCAAGAGGACAUUUGGCAGGAUCUCUUUCAUUGAUUUGGCUGGCAGUGAGAGAGCAGCAGAUGCCAGGGACUCAGACAGACAGACAAAGAUGGAAGGCGCAGAAAUAAACCAGAGUCUUCUGGCUCUGAAAGAAUGUAUUCGAGCACUGGACCAGGAGCACACCCAUACACCUUUCAGGCAGAGCAAACUGACUCAGGUCCUGAAGGACUCUUUCAUUGGCAAUGCCAAAACUUGCAUGAUCGCCAACAUCUCACCAAGCCACAUGGCCACAGAGCACACACUGAAUACCUUGCGCUAUGCUGACCGGGUGAAGGAACUAAAGAAAGGCCUUAAGUGUUGUGUUUCAGCCACUAGUCGGAAUCGGACAUCUGCAAACUCCUCUCCAAAACGAAUUCAGAGCUCCCCUGUUGCCCUGCCCGGGGACAAGUGCUCCCCCAAAAAAGUUAAACUGGGGCUUCAGCAGUCACUUGCUGUGGCCCCAGGCCCAAGAGUUAAAGCCCACCCUUUGGCCAGCCACGCUCCCAAUAUCCCCUUUGCCUCUGGACCUAAAACCCCCAGCAAAGGGGGUAGCUCCCAAGGGAGUCCUGCCCCAGAGUGGGGCAUGAAGGCCAGCCCUUGGAAAGGACCCAGGAGGUCUGGCCAUUUGAUCAAAAAGGGAGCAGAAGAGUCAGCACCAUUGCGCCCCGAGAAAAGUCAGAUUGGCAGCAAGACUGCCAUUGGGUGGGAGAGCAGGGCCUCGGGCCCAAGAGAAGGCCUGCUCCGCGUCAGGCUGCCGGCCCGGGGCAGGAAGGUGCAGCCGGUGCAGCCGGUGCAGAAGCAGCUGCUGUCACGGGCUCAGCUCCCUGGCACCAGCCACCGCUUAGAAGCCAGUGGGGACAGCGAGGUGGGCACAGCUGCCAGGCUUGCCCCUGAAGCUUGGACAAACUCCCUUCCCCAGCAGAAGGAAAGGGAAGAGCACUUGCGAUUCUACCACCAGCAGUUCCAGCAGCCACCACUGCUCAAGCAGAAGCUGAACUACCAACCACUGGAAAGGCUUUUGUGUCAGCACAGGCCCUCAGAAGGUCAGCUCCCGAGUGAGACCGUCUCUCCCAUCCACUCUAACCCUGGGAGCCAUGAUGGAGCGCAGACGGAGGAUCUGGACGACAGCGAUUUCAGUGAGGAUUCUUUCUCACACGUGCAGAGGGCCACCGUAGAGAAGGGUGGGCGCUCAUUCUUCCUUCAUCAGAGCAGCGAGCACAGCCCUGAGGAGCAGCGGGCAGAAAGGCAGCAGUGUUUGCGGUUCAGCUCGGAGACGGAUGCUGAGCAGAGGCACCCAACUGACAGCUGGGUGUGUUCCAGGGACCCCAUCAUGCGCCACAGCAGAGGAGCGCUCCAGCAGAGCCACAGCCCAACUCAAGUGUGCUCAGACUGGAGCAAGGAGGAAGACUCUGCCUCCUCAGAGCCUUCUCCCAAGGACAGCGUGGCCCAGAAGCCUUCCUCCUCACAGGUAGAUUUUGUGCAUCCCCAAGAAAUGGGUGGAGCUGAAGCCUUUGACAUCAGACUGGAGGCCUUGAGAAAUGAGAUUCCUGGGCAGGCUGGGGGUAGCUUGCCAUCCCCAGAAGAUGGGCUGUCUUCCCUGUCCCACAUUGCAGUUUCUGGAUCCCCAGACCAAAGAGACAGAGUCUCCACACCACUGAGAGAAGUCAGUGAAGACAGAGUGGCUCGGGCACCAGGAACAGUCCAAGAGGACUCAGGAGAGCAGUUACAUAUGUGCUCUGCAGAUGCUUCUGGACUCAUGGCCCCUCUCACUCUGUCCCUCCUGGAGACCCCCAGUCAGGAGGACUCUCCUUCCUUGGAGCAGAUUGUCCAGGACAGAGCUGGGCAUGGCCUCAUGGCUGAGAUCGUAGGCCGGCCCGCAGUGGGACACACAGUAUCACCUUACGGUCAAGAGGCCGCCUUGCCAGCAUCCUCAGCAACUGCGCACCUGUGGCUGUCCUCAUCUCCCCCUGACAAUCGGCCCAGUGGUGAUCUUCCAGCUCUGUCCCCGUCCCCCAUCCAUCAGCAUUCAGCUGACAGACUGCCCAGUAGGGAGGCCUGCCCGAGCAGAAGGCCUGCACUCCUGCCCCAGGAUCACGGCGAGCCGUACGAUGAUGACAAGGCUGAAGAGACUGACCUGAGGGGCUCCUUGUCGUUCCCAAGAAAGCCCUUCUCCGUCAUACAGGCUGGGGUACCCUUUUCUACACCUUUGUUCACCUCAUCUACAGGAAGGAACGAUGUAGCGGAUGGUCCUUGGGCCCAGGAGAGAAAACCUGCUGCAGAGUUUAGCUGGCAGGAGCGUGUUUCCUCCACAGACUCCAGCAAGCCCUCUUACAAGGACAUCUUGUGGCUCAAGCGCAGGCCAAUCUCAAGGUGCUUAGCAUCAGACCCUCCUGGGGUCCCCAGCUGUUCUCCCAAGGCCUCAGGGACCCUCUGUCCACUUCCACUGGAGCAGGCACAGCAGGUGGUCAUCCGUGCACACCAGGAACAGCUGGAUGAAAUGGCUGAGCUGGACUUCAAGGAGGAGACCUUAAUGGCCCAGAUGGAGUCUGAUGAUUUUGAAGAUUUCGUGACCCAGCUGGAUGAAAUCAUGGCUUUGAAGUCCAAGUGCAUCCAGACCCUAAGAAGCCAGCUACAGCUGUACCUCACCUGCCACAGGCCGGCUGCAGCCCCCAAGAGAACUGUGGUGUCCUAGAGGAAGGGCUCCCCCGGGUGGACACUGCUGUGCUCUCUGGAGCUGGAAGAGGCUCUGCCGGGGCCGUCCUGCAAACCAUCACUCCCCGUCCUGCCUGCCUGCCUCACUCUAGCCAUACAUGGUCUUGGAUGGCCACACCGCUCAGGGACAGACCUCAAAUUACCUCACUUCCAACCAUAGGGACUCCUGUAAGAAAGGGCCAGGCUGAAGACCUUCAUGUCCCCUUCUAUUUGGGGCUCAGAAUAUUUGUUUUGUUGACCUGUGUCUGUAGGAACCUAUCUAGUCUAAUAACUGCAGAUGUUCCUAAGUUUGAGGAUGAAAUCGGGGUGUUCAGUGGUAAUCUGGAGAUCAGAGGUCAGAGGUUAGGGGCCACAUGCUGAGUCAACAGCCUUAUUACUGACUUGCGUGCCUGUCUUCAGACUACAGCAUUGGUACCAGCCAGGCAGUCGGGUGAGCUCCUUCCUCCCCACCAGAGCAUGGAGCUUUAGUUUUGGAAAAUAUAAACUGAACAACUCUUGAUGCCUUAAGAGCACCAGGGUUGGGAAUUGGGCUUUAUGCUUCCAGUUCCCCUCCCUGAAACCCAGCUCUGAGAUAGAGGGCUGACGGCAACACAUUCUUCUCACUUGCUUCUCACUAAAACAGCAGGCCUAAGACAGUACCUGUAAGCCCUCCUAGUUUUUGUGGAAGAACCUAGCUCCUGUCUAUGACUCCUCACUCCCAGUAGCUCUGAAUUAGACAGGCUGGAGGAUCUCAGGCAACUCCAUUGCCUGGGCUUGAAUCUUCCAGGACACCUGGGCCAGCCACACCCUUUGUGUGUAGUCAACACUACCUACUGCUACAGGAACAAACACCGUACUCUUAAAAUGAAUUCUUGCUAUAUUACCGUGUGUAGGCCAGAUGUUAUCAGGUACCCACAAUCCUCUGCUGUUCCACUGCUGAUUUAGCUAGACGAAUUAGCCAAUAAGUUCCAUGGGUCCUCCUGUCCUGGAGCUCUCUGUGUAAGCAGUUCACAGAGAUCCUCCUGCCUGCCUCUGCUCCCCAUGUGCCGGGAUGAAGGUGUCCGCCCUACACCCAGCUGCUCCAGGCUUUCUGCCCCAGCACUCGGCACCACCGCACUCCAUUGCCCGAGCCACCUCCCCAUGUCCUGUGUCACCUUCGCAGAGAACAGACUCCCAGAGUCCGCUGGUGUGGGAGGUCUCCCCGAGUUAACCUGAGGUUCAUGUGUCACAGCCUGGGCCCAGAAGCCACUACCACCGGAAUCUGAGGACUUUCUGAGGUUUUAGGAGUUAUGUCUAGAAGGCCGAGAUAAGCCUGGUAUGGCGUUGCUCACUUGUCAUCCCAGUGUUUGGGAGGCUGAGGCAGAAUGAGGACUUGAAACCAACCUGGGCUGUAGUGAGACCUGGCUCUAUUUAAAAGGCUCUAGAACAGGCCAGGCAGUGCUUGAACUAGCCACCAGAGGGCAGCCUGUUCCUAGCUUAUGGCUGUACAGAGCCUCCUCACAUGGCCACUAAAAACCAGAGACCAUUCCCAGCCAAUAGCCCCAAAAGGAUGUGGGAUUCUACUCCAGAACUAGAAACUUUAGGGAUUAAUUCUGGCAGCUACACCGGUGCCACUGAGAGCUGGGGAAGCACUUGAGCCUUGCUGUAGGAAUGGUAGCAUUCACAGGCAAAGGGACUUGUCAUUUUUAAAAGACCUUGAAGCUUGUCUGCCCCUCCUCCACUUUGGCAAGAAGGCAUAUGCCCUUGGUCCAGAGACUGCACUAGAUCAGUUUUAAAGAGAUAUUGUUUGGGUCUGUAUCUGUAAACCAGAAAUCCAGAGAAGGCAGUAGGGCCAGCUUCAGGUCCCACAGGCCUCCAGUGGGAAGAGUGUACUGAAAUGAAUUCUGCCACCUGCUGCCAUCCUGAGUCAAGCCGUUUUUUGAAAUAAAGAAGUUUAAGCAGCA